UGUUUCGGGUAUCCAAUCAAGGGGGGCGCUGAGAGGGUCGGAGCAGCAUCUCGAUCUGAUUGGAUUAGACUGCAGCCCUGAGGUUUCGGGUGAUCACAUUGGUGGUGCACUGUCCACGGAGUAUCGAUGCGCGUGCUGACACGGGCGCGAGCAGUACGAUGCCUAUGCUGGGUGUGAAUGGCUGGUGCUAGUACCCGAAUGUGUUUUAGGCCAUGUUGAGGAAAAACAAGGGGGCAAGCGUCUGUCAUUUUUAUUUAACAUUUAGACAUUUGCUAUCUGAUGGUGCAACCGGAUGUGAACGAGAUACAGACGCUAGCAUCGGCUAAAACAACACAGCACCGGUGAGCUCCCUGCUGCUGCUACUACAUCGCGAUGGAUUUCGUUUUGAGUGGGAUAUCAGCCUGCGGGGCUUGCUUCUUCACAAACCCACUCGAGGUGGUGAAAACGCGGAUGCAACUUCAGGGAGAGCUGAAGACUCGAGGGACAUAUCAAGUGUACUAUCGGAACGUGUUUCAUGCCUUCUACACCAUUGGCAAGGUCGAUGGAAUCGCGGGGCUGCAGAAGGGUUUGGCACCAGGACUGGUGUAUCAGUUCUUCAUGAAUGGUGUGCGCCUGGGCUCAUACGCUAUAAUUGAAUCCUCCGGGUACAUUCACACGGACGGCAAGGUCAGCGCCGCGAAGAGCAUAGUGGCAGGGGCUGUUGCUGGGGUCGUCGGGGCGUACAUUGGCAGCCCAAUUUACCUGGUGAAAACACAUCUUCAGAGUCAAGCAACAUCCACCAUUGCUGUUGGGCAUCAGUACAAACAUCAGGGGAUGGUUCAUGCACUGGCCGCCAUCUACAAGCAGCAGGGCAUCAUGGGACUGUGGAGGGGUUCCAGCGCCGCCAUCCCCAGGGUCAGUGUGGGCUCUGCUGCCCAGCUCUCCACCUUCUCCUCCGCCAAGGAGCUCAUCACGGACCUACAGCUGUUUGAAGAAGGCAGCUGGUUGAUAGCGUUGAGUGCUGGCAUGGUCAGCAGUGUGUGCGUGGUUGGGGCCAUGACUCCCUUUGACGUGGUCAGCACACGACUCUACAACCAGCCAGUGGAUCACCUGGGCAAGGGUGAGCUAUACCGGGGCUUUUCCGACUGCUUUUCCAAGACGCUGAAGAAGGAGGGGCUGACGGGUCUCUACAAGGGACUGGGGGCUUCCUACUUCCGCCUGGGACCCCACACCAUCCUCUCCCUCCUCUUCUGGAACGAGCUGCGCAAGCUGUACCAGAAAUACAGUUAGCCACGCCUUAGGAGGGGUGUGUGUGUGUGUGUGUGUGUGUGUGUGUGUGUGUGUGUGUGUGUGUGUGUGUGUGUGUGUGUGUGUGUGUGUGUGUGUGUGUGUGUGUGGGAGAGAGAGUGGGGAGGGGGAUGAAAUGAUAGAAAUCCAUUACACUCCUAGCCCUCAGGUAAACCAACUCCUCGAUUGAAUGUGGAUUGUGGAAACUCUUGAAAUAGGAAGUCGAGUGCAUGUGGGGAUAUAUGGUCAUGGUCAUGUUCAUGGUGGCUAGGCCAAUGCAUUUUAUGAAGUGGUUUACGUGGUUAACAUAUCGCACAACUUUCAACUCUCACACACAAAUCAGCACAAAUCGUAUUCAUUUUCCGACAGUUUGCUUUGCAGCUAACCACUUUUGCCAAAUUGGUACACGUAAUGUUACUAUAGCGUUUUUCUGAUUUGAUGGGGAGUGGUGAAAUUUGAGCGUGAGAGUUGAAAAUGUGAUAUCGAAGUGGUGUGAAAGCAAAUAAAAAAAAUUGCAGUUAUGUUACGCACAGGAAGGAGACGGGGCCUGCUCAGUGGAAGAAUGUUCCGGUGUGGCUAUAGGAG